AUGAUAAAGAAUAAGGAACAUGCUUUUUACAAUAAUACUGAACUAAAACAGGAACCUCUCUUCGAAAUUUCAUCAACUUCGGUUGCAUUAUGUUUUGGAAAACAUCAACAAUUGUAUUCUCUGGUCAGUGUGGCUGUGGAGCGUCAGUCAGAGCUGGAGCGAAUCCUGGUCUCUGUUUUCACUGGUGUGCCGUGUGUUGUGCUGCUAACCGUUAAUGCCAUCAUUCUGUUCACCCUGAGGAGUAAACAAGUGUUUCGGGAGACGUCCCGCUAUGUUCUUCUGACUAACCUUCUCAUUUCUGAUUCCACCUACAUGCUUCUGAGUCAGGUGGUGUACAUCUUGGCCAAUUGCAGAGUUUUUCUGUCCUAUCCUGUGUGUGGAGUUCUGAUUCUGUCCAUAGCCCUUCCUCAAAGCGUUCCUCCUCUCACGCUGGCUGUGAUGUCUAUAGAGAGAUAUGUGGCUGUGUGUUUUCCUCUCAGACACUCCUCCAUCGUCACCAUGAGAUCCACAGCAGCAGCCAUCGCUCUAGUGUGGGCUUUCUCUUGUGUCAAUGUUCUGAUCCGUGUAGCAUUAAUUAAUGAGUUUCCAUUUGAAGAACUGAAAACCUUACAAAUGUCCAGAGUUUGCGACACAUUUGUUAUGUUUCUGAUUCCAGCGGCUGCUGUGUAUGAUCGAGCAUUUAACAUCUUAGUGUUUGCUGCAGCAGGUUUUGUGGUUAUUUCUAGUUUUAUCGCAAUUUUAUUUGCAGCCAGGUCGGCCUCAACUAACAAGAGAUCAGCCCGGAAGGCUCAGAAUACUCUGCUGCUGCACAUGAUCCAGCUGGUGCUCAUUCUCACCUCCAGAAUAUUCAGUCCUGUCUCAGUGUUUCUUUUUCAAGUGAUGAGCUGGAUCAGUUUUGUCCGGAUGAUGAAUGUCAUGUAUGUGUUGGUUGUUCUUCUCCCCAGAUGUCUAAGCUCCCUCAUCUAUGGUCUCAGAGACCAGACCAUCAGACCCGUUCUCUUGUCUAAUCUCUGCUGUGGAGUCAAACUAGCUGCAAAGACUCAGAUCUCAUCGUAG